AUGGGACGGCAACCGCCGCCACCGCAGGUUGAAGAUGUCGCCGAAGAUGGGGACGACAUGCGAGUACCUGAUCUAGAACUCUCGCCCGCACCGUCCGAAGCAUCGUUCGAAAGCGAUGCCCAUGACAAGCUGGGCAGCGAAAUGCCAAAGACUCCGCAGACACCCGCCUCGCCUGCGAUGUCCCACAGCUCUGUCAGUCUGAUCACUCCAUCGGCUCAGCCACGUCACGACAUGACGGGCAUAACGCCCAGGUUUAUGGAUGAAUUACGCACCAUGAUCAAACAGGAAAUUGCUGGUCACCUCAAAUCCAUGGAUCCGGCACCCUCGCCCGGUAUCACGCCGUCCGCUCUCAUGAAUUCCAUGUUCGGCACCGCUUACCCCAGUCCUCCGCCUUCUGUUGUUUCUACCUCCCAAAUUCCAUCCCCUCAGAGCACCUCUCCUCGCUUUACUACUGCAGAAGUCCUCCCCAAGCGCCCGACUGUGCGCUUCCGCAGUCGUGUACCGCCCAUCAUACAUGCCCAGCCACGAGUCUGCGGGACAGGGGAGACAAGGGCCACCUCAGCCAUACAAACCGCUGGCGUUGUUUCGGAAGGCAAGACCUGGGGGGUACUAUUUGAUGCCGAGGGGGUAUGCUUUCCAUCGCCUGCUCGAUCACGCUCCUUCUUGAAGCUGGACAGCCUCCUAACUAGGGCAGAUGCUUUCAAGCCUUGCAAGAAUACGACUUUUGAACGCACUCAAUAUCUGUACCAGGAUCUUGAUUGCCCCUAUUCCCUCUCCCAAGCAGUUCCUCAGGCUCAUCCCACAAUCCCAGGUCUGACGAGAAUGGGGUUUGUCAAGUGGAUGACCAUUAACAUUUUGGCCUAUCCGGACCAGGAGUCUCGCCGUUUUGGCCUUCUGCUGCCCGAUCUUGCCCCUCUAAAAAUCAUAGGUCCUGAUGGCGCACAGGAGUGUCUCCCAUAUACGCUGCCGAGAAACCUGUUGCCUGCAACACAUGAUAAGAAGGUACGCCGACUGCUAGAUGAGGCGUUGCUAGACUGUCUAGAGGAUCAUGACGUCUCGUCACCGCUGCCUGCGGCGAGGAGUUGCGAGAUGACUCCUGUUAUCGCCCAUGGGUCAGGUCCAGGACAGGGGCGACUUUGGGGGCGAGCAAACUCCGAUGCAUCAGGCGUCAGCACGGCGCAGCCAAGUUUCGUCACACUGCCACCACCGCCAGUAGGGCGGCACAGUACGCGGGCCAAAAGUCCCGUGGCGGCGGAUCGGUGCAGUGCAAGCGUGCCCAACAUGGAUAGGUUUGCGGAUGCAAUGAACCUUGUGAGAAAGGGGGACACAGGGAUUGUCUCGCGUGAAAUCGAGCGGAAUGACGAUUAUCGUCGGGACAGGGAAAGGGAGAGGGAGAGGGAGAGGAAAAGUCUUGUUCUUAGCGAGCCAAACGGGGGAAAUUUGUACCAAGAUGGAAAAGGAAGACGUGACGCAGGACGUCGAGGGAGGUUCUGA